UCAAUUUUUGCAACAAGAUUGAAUCGAUUUGAACCUCAAUUCACCCAAAUUGACUUGGACUAUUACGGAAUCGAAUUAAGCUCAAAAUCGACCCAAACUAACCAUGGCUCAAACUUAAUCCCAGCCGUUAUCCACCGCAAACGUUUCUAACGUUUGUCGGCCAUUUCCCAUCACGCUCCUUGUCUCUCUCCAACUUUUUCUAAAUUUUUCCAUACUCUCAUCCUCAAUUUCAAUAAUACGCAAUCUUUGAUCUGAUCACGUUCAUUGAAUCUCUUGAGAUUCGUUUCAAAGCCUAUCAAUGGCUGCUUCGCGUCGGCUACGGGAGCUCCAAUCGCAGCCAGGGAACAAGAUCUGCGUGGAUUGUUCGCAGAAGAAUCCGCAAUGGGCCUCCGUCUCUUACGGCGUUUUCAUGUGCCUUGAGUGCUCUGGCAAGCACCGCGGCCUUGGCGUUCAUAUAUCCUUUGUUCGAUCUGUGACGAUGGACUCGUGGUCCGAGAUCCAAUUGAAGAAAAUGGAGCUUAGCGGGAAUGAAAGAUUUAAUCAAUUUAUUUUGCAAUAUGGAAUCCCUAAAGAAACUGAUAUUGUUACGAAAUAUAAUACCAAUGCUGCAUCUGUUUAUCGAGACCGGAUUCAAUCACUUGCCGAAGGCAAACUUUGGCGUGACCCCCCUGUCGUGAAAGAAACAAUCAGAUCCGGUAAUAAGAGUAAUAGUUAUAAUAAUAAACCUCCGCUAGGUGGUGGGGAUAGGAAUGGUAAUUCUGGAAACAAUGCCGGGUGGGAUAAUUGGGAUAGUUAUGAUGAUGGAGGGUUUAGUGGAAAUUCGAAUAAUAAUAUUAGGAGGAAUAAUACGGUUGGAGAUUUUAGGAGUGGUGGAAAUGGGGUAGGUGCACCGUCGAGGUCGAAGUCGACCCAGAAUAUUUAUUCCCGGGAACAAUUGGAGGCAUCGGCUGCAAAUAAGGAGGACUUCUUUGCUCGGAAGAUGGUAGAUAAUGAGACACGGCCUGAGGGGAUCCCACCCUCCAAAGGUGGGAAGUAUGUUGGCUUUGGGUCAACCCCUCCUCCGGUGCCAAGGAGCAAUUCUCAGGGGGACGUUCUUUCGUCUGUUACUGAGGGAUUUGGUAGGUUAUCUGUGGUGGCAGCAUCGGCCGCACAGUCAGCUGCAAAUGUUGUACAAGCAGGGACAAAGGAGUUCACUUCUAAGGUACUUUGGCUUUUCAGGAGUGUAUUAUCAGUGGUGCUUGUUAUAUUUGUCAUUGUGGUGUCUUGUAAUUGUUCUGAUCCUAUUUCAGACAACGGGCAAUGUGGCAAUUGCAUAAUUGUUGAAUCUGAGGGAGUAACAUUAAUAAUAUGUCCAUGCCUGAUUUGUUGUUUUCUUAAUAUUUAGGUUGUCAAUUUUAGU